AUGGAGCGCUCGUAUCUCUUUUCGUCGGAAGAUGUCCUGGCACAUUUCUCCGUGACGGAGGAGGCGGGGUUGUCUAGCGAGCAGGUGCUGAGGUCGAGGGAGGUGUAUGGAAGUAACGCCCUUCCGGAGGAGCCCCCGACGCCGCUAUGGGAACUCGUACUUGAGCAGUUUAAAGAUCAACUUGUGCUGAUUCUUCUGGGGUCUGCGGUUGUGUCUUUUGUACUGGCUCUAAUGGAAGGUGGAGAUGAUUGGACGGCAUUUGUCGACCCAGUGGUUAUCCUCACUAUUCUAAUCCUCAACUCCAUCGUCGCAGUGUCGCAAGAAACCAGCGCGGAAAAGGCCAUCGCUGCACUACAAGAAUACUCCGCGAAUGAAGCUAAGGUCCUUCGUGACGGACACUUGCAACGCAUCAGGGCGGAGGAGCUGGUACCCGGUGAUAUCGUCAGUGUUGCUGUUGGCGAUCGCAUCCCUGCCGAUUGCCGUCUGCUCUCUAUCCAAUCCAACAGCUUCCGCGUCGACCAGGCCAUCCUGACCGGCGAGAGUCAGAGUGUAUCCAAGAGCACGAAGCCUGUCAAGGAUGCUGAGGCUGUCAAGCAGGAUCAGAUCAAUAUGCUCUUCUCUGGCACAACAGUUGUGACGGGCCAUGCGCAUGCGAUGGUUGUCCUGACUGGUGCCGCGACAGCGAUUGGAGAUAUCCACGAGAGCAUCUCGGCGCAGAUUUCGGAACCCACGCCGCUUAAGAAGAAGCUGAAUGACUUUGGGGAUAUGUUGGCCAAGGUCAUUACGGUGAUUUGUGUGCUUGUUUGGCUGAUUAAUGUGGAGCAUUUUAAUGACCCCGUACAUGGCAGUUGGACGAAAGGGGCGAUUUAUUAUUUGAAGAUCGCGGUUUCUCUGGGUGUUGCGGCGAUUCCAGAGGGAUUGGCUGUUGUUAUUACGACAUGUUUGGCGCUGGGGACGAGGAAGAUGGCUGCUAAGAAUGCGGUGGUUAGAUUGUUGCCCUCUGUUGAGACGCUGGGGAGUUGUAGUGUCAUCUGCUCGGAUAAGACGGGAACUCUGACGACGAAUCAGAUGAGUGUGGAGAAGAUUGUGUAUCUCAAUGAAGCAGGGGAUGGUCUGGAGGAGAUAAAUGUUGAAGGGACCACCUUUGCGCCCAAGGGCAGUUUGAAGAAAAAUGGUCGCGAGGUGGAAGAUUUGGCCGUUUCAUCGUCUACCAUACUUCAGAUAACCGAGGUUCUGGCUCUCUGUAAUGAGGCCCUGUUAUCCUACGAUCAAAAGACAGGCGCAUAUUCUAGCAUCGGUGAGCCAACUGAAGGCGCUCUUCGCGUGCUAGUUGAGAAAAUCGGAACCGAUGACCCUGAACUGAAUAAGAAGCUCAGACAACAACCUGCGUCAGAGAGACUUCACAUGGCCAGCAAACACUACGAACAUCGCCUAUCCUUACAAGCCUCAUACGAAUUCUCCAGAGAUCGCAAGAGCAUGUCCGUCUUGGCUGGCGAGGGUAAGCAACAGAAGCUCCUCGUGAAGGGUGCCCCUGAAUCGAUCCUGGAACGUUGCUCCCACGCCAUCCUUGGCCCCAACGGAACCAGAGUCGCUUUGACGAACCAGCACAUCCAGCUUAUCUCUCAGGAACUUGUGGACUACGGCAACAGAGGCCUGCGUGUCAUCGCCGUCGCCUCCAUCGACAAUAUCGCUCCAAACCCCCUCCUCCACGCCGCGGAAACAUCCCAAGAAUACGCCCGGCUGGAACAAAACAUGACCCUAAUCGGCCUUGUGGGCAUGCUCGACCCUCCCCGCCCCGAAGUUGCCGCCUCCAUCCGAAAAUGUCGUGAAGCCGGCAUUCGCGUCGUCGUCAUAACAGGCGACAACAAAAACACUGCUGAAUCCAUCUGUCGCCAAAUCGGCAUUUUCAGCCCAGAUGAAAAGGACCUUCGCGGAAAGUCGUUCACGGGCAGGGAAUUUGAUGCACUGAGCGAAAAGGACAAGAUUAAAGCCGCUACAACCGCCUUGCUCUUCUCUCGUACUGAGCCAACGCAUAAAUCUAAACUGGUCGACAUAUUACAGUCGCAGGGUCACGUGGUUGCCAUGACGGGCGAUGGAGUCAAUGAUGCGCCGGCCCUGAAGAAAGCGGACAUUGGCAUCGCCAUGGGUUCUGGCACGGAUGUCGCCAAGUUAGCCGCCGAUAUGGUUCUAGCUGAUGAUAACUUCGCCACCAUUGAGAUUGCAGUUGAGGAAGGAAGGACCAUCUACAGCAACACGCAGCAGUUCAUUCGAUACCUCAUCUCCUCGAAUAUUGGUGAGGUGGUGUCGAUUUUCCUCACUGCCGCACUGGGGAUGCCGGAGGCGUUGAUCCCCGUGCAGUUGCUGUGGGUUAAUCUUGUUACGGAUGGGCUGCCGGCGACGGCGUUGUCGUUUAACCCACCUGAUGGUGAUGUGAUGAAGAGGCCGCCCAGGAGGAAGGGUGAGGCGCUCGUGGGUGGCUGGUUGUUUUUCAGAUAUAUGGUUAUCGGCAUAUACGUAGGAGUUGCGACUGUGUUCGGGUAUGCGUGGUGGUUUAUGUUUAAUCCUGCAGGGCCCCAGAUUUCGUUCUGGCAGCUAACACACUUCCACAAAUGCGCCACCCAAUUCCCCUCCAUAGGCUGCGAAAUGUUCACAAACGACAUGUCCAAGUCCGCCUCGACAAUCUCCCUCUCCAUCCUCGUCGUCAUCGAAAUGCUCAACGCCAUGAACUCACUCUCUUCCUCCGAAUCCCUCCUCACCUUCCCACUUUGGAAUAACAUGAUGCUCGUCUACGCCGUCAUGCUGUCCAUGGUGUUGCAUUUUGCGAUCCUCUACGUGCCGUUUUUGCAAGGAUUAUUUUCGAUUCUGCCGCUUGAUAAGCAGGAGUGGAUUGCUGUGUUGACUAUUUCGUCUCCGGUUAUUAUUAUUGAUGAAGCGUUAAAGUUUUUGGAGAGAAGGUUGGUUGAGAAGAGGGCUAGGGUUGAUGCGGCUUCGCCGUCAUCGCAAGCGCCGACAGGGCAGUAUCAGAAUGGAGCGGCGAAGGCGAAAGCCGUGUGA